CGGGACGGGAAAGAGGCGCUUCGCGCUUUGACCCUCGGCGCCGCCCGUCGCAGAGGUAGAGCGGGAAAGUCGGAGGACCGUGGCGCUCCUCCCGGGGCUGUCCGCAGUGAUGGAGGAGGUGGAGGCUGAGGAGCAGCAGCAGUACUCUCACCGGCAGAGGCUCAAGGCAGCAGUUCACUACACGGUCGGCUGUCUCUGCCAGGAGGUGGAGCUGGACAAACAGGUGCACUUGAGUAAACAGACCAUUGCGGCCAUCUCCGAGGUGACUUUUCGACAGUGCGAAAAUUUUGCCAAAGACCUUGAAAUGUUUGCCAGCAUGGCUGUUGUGCCCAGUCCCUGCUCCUGCAGCUAGGACAUCGAGGACCUUAAGAUCGAGGACAGAUACAGAGCACUGGCUGGAAGGUGGAGGAGCCAUUGUUACUGUUGCCCAGUGGACAGCUGGGCUUCGCUGUCCUCCGUGGAGCUGGUGUCUCGGCUCCUAACCUCACUCGUUUUAGUGCGGUUGCUCCCUGGUGCUUUGCAUCUGCAGCGAUGGACCAGUUAGGCGCCUUCUCAUCCCAAGUUGGACCGUGAACUUUUUUCUGUUUCAUCCAAACUUUAAUUCCAAGCAUUUCGUGACUUGCUCCUGCCCUUUCUGCAGACAUGCGAAAAGAAGCACAAUUACCACUGACGACGUGAAGCUCUUAUUGAGGCGGAGUAAUUCACUGGUGAGCGAUGGCUUUCUCCCCUCACUCCCCUGCCCCACCGGAAUACAUUAUUCCCAAUUAAUCACUGGAGGCGCGUGGUUACUCCUCAGGGCACCUUGCAUUAAAAACUAGAGAUGGUCGAACCGUUCAGACCUGCUUAUAAUUUAUGAAUCUCCUUUCAUCGUGAUGGAUCUUGCAAAGCCAAUUUGAAAUUUUCUAAUCAGCUCUCUCCGGGUCCCAUGAUUUACCUUUUCCGUAAUAUCUCAAAACUUUGGUCCCAUGCUUCAUUUACGGUAUGAUGUCACAGAUUAGCCAUGGGCUAGACUCCGGGGAGGGCUUCCUCGUGCUGCCUGCGGUACUUUUACCCCAGCGCUAGGGAUUGACUCCAGGGCCUUAUGCAUGUAGACAAGUGGUAUACGGCUGGCCUUAUGUCCACCCACCCCUUGUUGGCUUCUUGUUUGUAAAGAUCUUUAUUUUAUGUGUAUGAAUGUAUACCAUAUGCUUGCCCAGUGCCCCUAGGGGCCAGCAAAGGUUUCAGAUACCUGGAACUGGAGUUAGCAGGUGGCCGUGAGCCACAGUGUGGGUGUCGAGAAUCAGACCUGGGCCCUCUGCAAGAGCAUUAAGUACUGUUAACCACUGAGCCAUCUCCCCAGCCCUGUUUCUUGUUUUGAGACAGGGUCAUGAUGGAUUAUACAGGCUAGUCUUGAACUUGGCUUUUAGACCAGGUAUGCUUUGAACAUGAUACUCUUCUCCUGUGUCACCAUCCCAGGAGCCUAGAUUACAGUUGUUGCCCCACCCCCUGCCCCCCAGGUAGCCCAUACCCGAAGGUCUGAGGGCCGGAGGUGGAUGGAAGUCUCCAAGGCUGGUUAUGCAGAAGAGAGCACGAUUUCUAUUUUUUCACAUCUGAAGAGUCAUUUUGACCAAGCAGUCAUUUUCUAGGUGAAGACACUUGACACUUUGAGGUGCCAGGGUUGCCUGGCUGUGGCUGACAGCAGAUCUGGACCUCAGUGGUCCUGCCUGGUCUCUGCCCUUCCUACCCUCUCCCCUCCAUAAGCACAGGGAUCCGACUCUGUAACUGUCUCUGUUUCUCAGACAGUUAGCGCUCGAUAGUCAAUGGAUUCCCACACAGUUCUUUUGGGAUAUUGGAGAAGGUGUGAGUUACUGUGGUGACUUUUAGGUUUGCAAAAUGGUUUAUAGACAGAUUUAGGAGCUGGGGAUUUAGCUCAGUGGUAGAGAGCUUACCUAGGAAGCGCAAGGCCCUGGGUUCGGUCCCCAGCUCCGGAAAAAAAAAAAAGAAUAUAGACAGAUUUAAAGGCUUAAAUAGAGUUUUGCUUUUUGUAUAUAUACAUAGCUAAAGUACAUUACAGAGAAGAACAAAGAGAUCGCACAGCUUAACCUGGAACAAAAGGCCAAGAAGAAAAGGAAGUCGGAGGAUGAAGGCAGGAGCUCUAGGGAGCCCGGGGCUGAAGAGCUGGGCGAUGAAAGUUAAGUCCUGGCCGCUUGGAAAGGAAGCCUUCAGCGGGAAGCGGCGUGCACGCCGGGAGGUCUCUGAGGGGAUGAGGACGGACGUUUGAAGAAAGUACUGAGUGGAGGGCAGCUGUUUGUCUGCCUGUUUGAAGUCACUCCAAGAGCUGGGAAUUCUGGCCACCCCCAGACUUCACCUGCACAGGAAAGGCUUGCGCUCUGGAGGCACGCUGUGACUUAGUGACUGGUAAAAUACCUUAGCAAUCAGACUUAGCAAACAGCGCUGGCUGUUGGGGGCUGGCUGUUGGGGGCGAGCUAAGGCCAAACGCAGGUCUCUGAAGGCUGAAUAAAGUUGUGUUUGCUGGGC